GUAAACGUAUUUGAUACUGAGUAGGGUUGAAACUAGCUUGAAAAAAAAAACUGUCAUUCCUUUGAAAGCGAAAGGAUAAGUGAUGCCAUUUCAGGGCAAAUGUUUACACUGGAUAUUUUAGAAGCCGUAUAUUUUUGCAGAGCUGCUAGCCGCUGCUAGCCACUGCAGUUCAGUUCACCUCCAAAAUGAGUUUUCGUGAGGAGAGAGAGAAAGACACUGGCUCUAAAAUGAGAUCUCCAUCUUCUGAAUCGAGCUGUGAACAACCCAUGAAGAACUCACCUUUUGCAUUUACUGAUGCAAUAGUGACUGACCCCAGGUGGAAGAGACUGAGAUCAGAGUCUCCAGAACCCAGUGGUGUGUCAAUGAAGAGUAAUGCAUCUAUGAUGGGUCCCCCUGCACUCAGUGAGGCAACAAUGACCUCUGAUCCCAGGUGGAAGAGACUGAGAUCAGAGUCUCCAGAACCCAGUGGUGUGUCAAUGAAGAGUAAUGCAUCUAUGAUGGGUCCCCCUGCACUCAGUGAGGCAACAAUGACCUCUGAUCCCAGGUGGAAGAGACUGAGAUCAGAGUCUCCAGAACCCAGUGGUGUGUCAAUGAAGAGUAAUGCAUCUAUGAUGGGUCCCCCUGCACUCAGUGAGGCAACAGUGACCUCUGAUUCCAGCAGGAGGAAGAUGUGUGAGCUGAACAAGUCUGUGCCCUCUACAUCCCACUCUCAGACCCACAUUAGGCAAGAAAGAACUGAAGCAGUCUUGCGGUCACACACACUGAAGACUGCAGACCUGCAUAGAGUCAAAGACCAGCAUAAAACCAGCAUAAUAAUCAAAUAUGAGAGACUGUUUGAGGGAAACAAACUCCAAGAGAAUGAAACCCUCCUGAACAGGAUCUACACACAGCUCUACAUCACUGAGGGAGAGAGUGAAGGAGUGAAUGAAGAACAUGAGGUUUUACAGAUGGAGAAAACAACCAGAACACAACACUCCCAAAACACUCCAAUCCGCUGCAAUGACAUCUUUAAAGCCUCACCUGAACCAGGAUGUGAGGAGAAGGAUCAAAUCAAGACUGUUCUUACUAAAGGCAUCGCUGGAAUUGGAAAAACCGUCUCUGUGCAGAAGUUCAUUCUGGACUGGGCUGAUGGAAGCGCCAAUCAGGAUGUAGAUUUCAUCUUUGUACUUCCAUUUCGAGAGCUGAACUUGAUCCGAGAUCAUCAGUACAGUCUUCACAGACUUCUGCUGGACUUUCAUCCUGAACUUCAAGAUUUGGACUCAAAGAUUUAUGAGGAGUGUAAAGUUGUGUUCAUCUUUGAUGGUCUGGAUGAAAGCAGAAUUACACUGAUGUUUUCAGAUGCUCAGAAAGUUUGUGAUGUGAACAAGUCUUCAUCAGUGGGGAUGUUGAUAUCAAACCUCAUGAAAGGAGAGUUGCUUCCUUCUGCUCUCAUCUGGAUCACCUCCAGACCAGCAGCAGUCAAUCAGAUCCCCUCAAAAUACAUCAACCGUCUGACAGAAAUUCAAGGAUUCAGUGAGCCUCAGAAGGAGGAGUAUUUCAGGAAGAGAGCCAGUGACCAACAUCAAGCCAGCAGAAUCAUCUCACACAUCAGAAGAGCAAGAAGCCUCCACAUCAUGUGCCACAUCCCCGUCUUUUGCUGGAUCUCAUCCACUGUGCUUCAGAAACUCCUGAAAGAAGAUCUGAGUGUAGAAAUCCCUCAAACUCUGACUGAAAUGUACAUCCACUUCCUGCUGAUUCAUAUCAACAUGAGGAACCAGAAGUAUGAAGAGAGAGAUCCAGAGAAACUCCUGCAAUCCAACAGAGAUGUGAUUGUGAAACUUGCUGAAGUGGCUUUCAAACAGCUGAUGAAGGGCAAUGUGAUGUUCUAUGAGGAGGACCUGACUGAAAGUGGCAUAGAUGUCACUGACGCCUCAGUGUAUUCUGGGAUUUGCACUGAGAUCUUUAAGGAGGAAUCUGUGAUUUAUCAGAGGAAAGUCUACAGCUUCAUCCAUCUGAGUGUUCAGGAGUUUCUCGCUGCUUUCUAUGUGUUUUACUACCACAUAGACAGCACUACAGAAGCAUGUUUUGAUUCACUGGAUUAUCUCCAUAAAAGAGUGACUGAUAAGGCUGUAAUGAACAAAAAUGGACAGCUUGAUCUGUUCUUGCGGUUCCUGCUGGGCAUCUCACUGGAGUCCAAUCAGAGACUCUUACAGGAUCUACUGUCACAGACAAAGAACAGUUCAGAGAACAUAAGAAGAACCACAGAGUUCAUUAAAAAGAAGAUCAAAGAUGGACAUGGACUCACCACUGAAAGGUCCAUCAAUCUGUUCCUCUGUCUGCUGGAAGUGAAAGAUCAGACUCUGUCCAGAGAGAUUCAGGAGUUUGUGAAAUCAGAUAAAUACACAGAGAAGAAACUCUCUCCUGCUCACUGCUCAACAAUCGCCUACAUGCUUCAAAUGUCAGAGGAGGUGCUGGAUGAGCUGGACCUCAAAAAAUACAACACAUCAGAUGAGGGUAGAAGAAGACUGGUACCAGCUGUGAUCAACUGCACAAAAGCGCUUCUUGCUGGCUGUAAUAUCAAUGCUCUGUGCUGUCAGAGUUUGUCAUCAGUUCUACAAUCAUCAAACUCUGUUCUGAGAGAGCUGGACCUGAGUAACAAUGACCUGCAGGAUUCAGGAGUGAAACUGCUUUCUGAUGGACUGAAGAGUCCAGACUGUCAGCUGGAGAUCCUGAGGUUGUCUGGCUGUAUGGUGACGGAGGUUGGCUGUGGUUAUGUGUCUUCGGCUCUGAGUUCAAACCCCUCACACCUGAGAGAGCUAGAUCUGAGCUACAAUCACCCAGGAGAAUCAGGAGUGAAGCUCUCUAAAAAACUCAAGAAUCCAAACUACAGACUGGACAAACUGAAUUUGGAUCAUGGAGAACAUUUCAGAAUCACACCAGGUUUGAGAAAAUAUGCCUAUGAUCUCACUCUGGAUCUGAACACAAUAAACCAUAAACUCAUCCUGUCUGAGGAAAACAGAAAGGUAACACGUGUAGAAGACUAUCAGCCGUAUCCUGAUCAUCCAGAGAGAUUUGUUGAGUGGUGUCAGAUUCUGUGUAGAGAGAGUCUGACUGGACGCUGUUACUGGGAGGUUGAAUUGGGUGGAUGGUCAUAUAUAUCAGUGGCAUAUAAAGGAAUCAGCAGGAAAGAAGGAAAUAACUCUUGGUUUGGAUACACUGACCAUUCCUGGAGUCUGAACUGCUCUAAAAAUGGAUUCACUGUCUGGCACAAAAACAAGCGAACUGACAUUCCUCACUCUUCAUACUCUACUAGAGUAGGAGUGUAUCUGGACUGGUCAGCCGGCACUCUUUCUUUCUACCGUGUCUCUGACACACACACACUCACACACUUAUACACAUUCAACACCACAUUCACCGAACCCCUCUAUGCUGGGUUUGGGGUGUUUGAUUCCUCACUGACUCUGUGUCAAAUUAAACAGCCUGCUGAGUAGUUACUAAUUAUAUGUAGUCUGGAUCACAUAAUCACAUUCCAAAAAUAAGUAGUUGUAAUUUGAUUAUAUUGGCUUUUAAAAUACUCAGACUACAAUUGAAGAGUUCAGAUGCAAAACCAGCUAAAUCCAUCUGACGUUUUUCUUUAAAAAGAGCGUUUCUUUCUGGCUACUUUGUAUAGGUUUCUAUAUAAGUACUGGUACUUCUGAUUGGACUAAGGCUGGAAUUUAGCGAGUUUGAAGUAAAAGUAUUUGAUGGACGUAUAAUAUGUGUCAGGAGCAUUUACUUAGUAUCAUUAUCUCAUUUUUGACUGAGAUGGCUUUUAGCUGGUUUUGCAUCUGAACUCUUCAAUUACUUUAUAAUUAGGGCUGCACGAUAAAUCACAAUGAAAUCACAAUCGCGAUUAGGCAAAUGCGAUAUAAUAAUGUGAUAGUCAAGUGCAUCUUGUCAGUGAAGCACGGUUCUUUGAUCAGUAGUAAAUCUCCAUCUGAAGGCCAGAGGAUUCUCUCACAUGGAAACUCCAAAUACAGAGAAGAAAUCCAGGAAAUCCCUUUUGCAGUAACUGAAGAAACAGAACAUUUAACUGCCUUCACUGAUUCAAUGUGACUAAUAAACACAGAACUAUGACAAUAUGAUUUAUCUGAGACUCUAUAAUUAUUAUUAUUAUAAUUUUCAUUAAGUAAUGAAUAAGUAAUAAUGCAAUUACUAAUCGACUCUAGCCUUUAUCACUGCUUAGAAUACUAUGAAAUGGUGCGUGCCUUAUUCUGUGUAAGAAGUCACGUUAUCUCACAGAAGGAUUAAUUUCAAAUACUCGACUAACGUGAUAAAGUGAGUUCAGAGUAAAAACGUGGUACUGUAUUUUCCUGUGCUUUCAGAAGGAGCUGCAUUUACUACACAGAGCUGUAGUUCACUGAGAAGCUUCAAUAUCGCACAACAAUUUCAUAAUCAUGCGAAUAUAUCAUCUGCGAUUAUGAAUGCAGUUUUGCGUAGCACGUGAAAGCAUGUGAUGGACGUUCACUACUGAUUACAGAACCAGCUUUACUAACUGACAAAAUGUGCAUGACAAUUGCAUACAAUUAAUUGAGCAGCCCUAUUUCUAAUUGAUAACAUGAUUACAUAUUAUUCAUAGAAUUGCAGUAUUCAUAAUUUAUAGAUUCUCUAUAAUAAUUUGUUUUUUUUUUCUAAAAACACCUGUUACUUAUAUAUGUGUAGUAUGUCUUGUAGAACUGCAUAAAUGGACCCAGACAUGUGCCAGGUGUCUACAGUAGUCAACAUUUGAAGUGGAUCAGAAAAGUUAAUUAAAGUCGUCCUAGGACAAGAACGGGUAUUGUUUUGGUUUUAGGACAACUUUGAUGAAACGUUUUGAUCCACUUCAAAUGUUGACUACUGUAUAUUUACAUUUUGACCACUGGAUUUACACAGGUAAUUUAUUUUAAAGUAUAAGUGUCAUGAAUCCUGUCCGGUCUGCCCGCCACCAGAGGUCGCCUGUGCAUCUUAAUGACAUUUCAUAUUACUCAGACUGUUGCACCACACCCCGGACUACGUUCCUCAUCAUCCAUUGCGCUGAUUACACGCACCCAAUCAGACACUGUAUAUAAGCCUCGGACUUCCUCUUGCGAGUGGCCGAGUAUUGUAUUGCAUUUAGCACUUUCAAUGUAUUAGCAACUUUACGGAGCCAUCUCCUAGUUAUCCAAUGUCUAGUUUAUUCUUGUUCUUGCCUUGUAUUCUUAGCCUUGUUUCCUAGCCUAGUUAUAUCGUCUUGUCUGCCUUCAGCCUGCCCUGGAUUUCUCGCAUGUCUAUCGGAUCACCCUUUUUUGCAUGAUAUAGGGCUAUAUUCAAAAGAAUUUGGACAUACUUUCCUUAUUUGCCUGACUGUGUUUUGAUUGACUUUUUCUGCGAGGGCAUUAAUCAGCUGUCAAAACUUAUUUGCAAAGGUUCCGUGUUCAUCACUCAUGCAAUUUAUGGAUUAUGCUUUGUUGUUUGUGGGCUCAUUGUUUACCGUGGGUGUCGUGGAGGGGGAACGCAAUACCACAUCUGUGACUAAAAUGGCGGCUGCUACGUUUAGUCAACUGCAAGCCCCGGGACAAUCUAGUAUGCCAAUCGUUACUCUGGUGUGUAAACCCGCUUGUGAAAUGGCGGCCGCGCCGGAGUGCGCUCACAUAAUGACUACGACAGCGGAGCCCGUUAAUAAAAUGGUGGCGACAACAACGCUCCGUCAUGUCAUGCUGCCAUACCUGAGUCACGUGACAUCUGUUGUUCCUGAGUCAAGUAACAUCAUAGCUGCUCUUCCUAAGUCAAGUCAAGUUACAGCUGUUGUUCCUGAGUCAAGUUACAGCUGUCGUUUAUGUGUCAAGUCAAGUUACAGCUGUUGUUCCUGUCAAGUCAAGUUACAGCUGUUGUUCCUGUCAAGUCAAGUUACAGCUGUUGUUCAUGUGUCAAGUCAAGCCACAGCUGAUCUUCAUGAGCCAAGCCAAGUCAGCUGAUCUUCAUGAGCCAUGUUUUACUUGCAUUCAGAGCUUUUUUGACCUGUAAUUCCUGUUGUUCCUGAGUCAAGUCAGGUUACAGCUGUUGUUCCUGUGUCAAGUCAAGUUACAGCUGUUGUUCCUGCGUCAAGUCAAGUUACAGCUUUUGUUCCUGAGUCAAGUAACAUCAUAGCUGCUCUUCCUAAGUCAAGUCAAGUUACAGCUGUUGUUCCUGAGUCAAGUUACAGCUGUUGUUCCUGAGUCAAGUUACAGCUGUCGUUUAUGUGUCAAGUCAAGUUACAGCUGUCGUUUAUGUGUCAAGUCAAGUUACAGCUGUUGUUCCUGUCAAGUCAAGUUACAGCUGUUGUUCCUGUGUCAAGUCAAGCCACAGCUGAUCUUCAUGAGCCAAGCCAAGUCAGCUGAUCUUCAUGAGCCAUGUUUUACUUGCAUUCAGAGCUUUUUUGACCUGUAAUUCCUGUUGUUCCUGAGUCAAGUCAGGUUACAGCUGUUGUUCCUGCGUCAAGUCAAGUUACAGCUUUUGUUCCUGAGUCAAGUAACAUCAUAGCUGCUCUUCCCAAGUCAAGUUACAGCUGUUGUUCCUGUCAAGUCAACUUACAGCUGUUGUUCCUGUGUCAAGUCAAGUUACAGCUGUUGUUCAUGUGUCAAGUCAAGUUACAGCUGUCUUUCAUGUGUCAAGUCAAGUUACAGCUGUUGUUCCUGUGUCAAGUCAAGUUACAGCUGUUGUUCAUGUGUCAAGUCAAGUUACAGCUGUUGUUCCUGUGUCAAGUUACAGCUGUCGUUCAUGUGUCAAGUCAAGUUACAGCUGUGUUUCCUGAGUCAAGUCAAGUCACAGCUGAUCUUCAUGAGCCAAGUUUUACUUGCAUUCAGAGCUUUUUUGACCUGUAAUUCCUUAACUUUUCUUUUAUAACUGUACCUUGAAUAUGUUUUGGUCAACAGCUAAAAUAAUAAAAAAUUGUAUCAGUGUCCAAAUAUAUAUGGACCUGACUAUAAAUACUGGAAAAAUUAAUAAAAGUAGAGUCCAGACAUCAGAAAAGUAUCAGUCUAUGAACCUAUUCUAUAUUUUAGAUGAGGAAAAUACACAUGCGUUAACGGACAUGACAAGGACAGGUUUUUGAGAGACAACAUAUUUUUUAGACUUUCUGUUAUUUACAAUGCACAAACCAAAAGAAACAAUAGCCUAUCUGUAGAAUGGAGAAGGGUUGGCUAAUUACAAAACCCAAAAUAUCAAUUUUGUUUAAAUAUUUGUUUUUGUGUUUCAGAGGAAAAAAAAAAAAAAUCAAUGCAGCUGUGACAGUUCUCCUUUAUGGACGUGACAGUUCUAAAAGCGAAAAAGCUUUGACUAAUCCAUAAUGAGCUUUAGUAUAUUCCAUGUUUAAGCGCAUGCAUAAAGUUUGUCACAAAGCACCGGUAAAAAUAGCUUAAUAAUUAAAAUGUCUCCCUUUUCUUUACAUUCAUAAUUAUUUAUUAAUAAAAGGAAUGUCUUGUCGGCUGCAAGACAAAAUUCACUGUGCUGACUCUCAUCUCCACAGUAGCCUACAAGGCGUGCCUUUAGAGAGAAAUGCAACCUUCAUUCAGGUUACAUAAUCAUGGAGUGUUUGAUUUCAUUUUAAAUUGGUUGGUUUAAAAGUAGACAUUUCAGGAUUUCUGUAGGUAUAUUUUUCUUGUAUGUGAGACAGCCACAUGUUGAGUUUUAUGUGAAAGACAGUGAUUCACAGCUUUGAGCCCCUACAAUGGAGCUGAACUGUCCCAAACCUCAACCUUCUCCAACUGGAAUUAAAC